AUGAUCAUCUAUGAGUUCCUCCAACAGAUCUUCCAACUAUUUAGCAAAAAUCUUCCUGCUGGUACUUGGAAUGCAAGCAAGAUUGAGAAAUUUCAAAACAGAAUUCAUCAGCAAAUUGAAGAAUUAGAGACAUGUUUGUUAGAAGAUACUACCCUCAGCGUGAAAAGGUACUUCCAAAGAAUCACCAGUUUCCUAAAAGAUAAGCAAUACAGCCAGUGUUCCUGGCAAGCAGUCCAAAUGGAACUGAGGACAUGCCUUAUAAUUUUUGACAGUCUGAUGAAAAAACACAUGUCAUAA